AUGCCGGAGACUCCCCUCUCCUCUACCACACCCCCCGGCGCCUCCACUCCGUCCAACAACAACUCCCGCUUUGCCGCGCAAAACGCCUCCGCCGAAGACGUCCUCAAAGAACAAACCGUCGGCCUCGUCCACUUGUCCGACUUCCGCAAGCGGCGCGCCGAAGCGCUCGAUCGAGUGAGCAGAGAUGUCACGCCGGGUACUGGCAGUGGAGCGAGUACACCUGACGGACGUGAAGCAGCUACAGCCCCCGUCGCAUUCAAGAAGCGGAAGAAGACGAUGAAGAAGGGUGGGCUUUCGUUUGGGGAUGAUGAGGAGGAGCAGGAAUCGACCCAGAAGAAGGGCGAUAGCAGCAAUCCAGAUUCUCGAGCAGCAACAGCGGACGACUCCGAAUCAGCCACCGAAACCACGUUGAAGAAGAGGCGCGGGCUGCGACCUAACUCCUCCCUCACCACUGCUCCCAAGGCUCUCACGAAGUCCGCCCUCCUCCGCGACGCCGCCCGCAAAGAUGCCCUACGGCAAGAAUACCUCCAACUCCAAGAAGCCGUGCGAUCGACAGAGUUCUGCCUCCCCUUCGUCUUCUUCGACGGCAAAGACGCCCCAGGAGGUGUAUGUCGCAUGAAGAAGGGCGAUCAGAUCUGGCUCUUCCUCGACCGAGCGCGGAAGAUGGCCGCGACGGCCAAGGGAGGCGCGAGGAAGGAUUGGGCGCGGAUUGGGGUGGAUGAUUUGAUGUUGGUGAGGGGGGAGUUGGUGAUUCCACAUCACUACGACUUCCACCACUUCAUCCUCAACCGCAGCGUCGGCUACAACAACACCCCGCUCUUCCCCUACUCCCCCGACCCCACGCCCUCCACACCGCAGCACCUCCUCCCGCAACCCGACACGCCUACCUCAGCAACCCCCGAACCAACCACCAUCGGCAUAUCCAGCGGUCUCACCACCGCCGCCGACCGCCGCGCCGCUGCCCAGACCGCUUCUACUGUUGAAGUGCCUGCCGACGAUGAGCUGGAAGGUUUCAACGACUCCCCGAACUUGACAAAGGUGGUUGAUCGUCGGUGGUACGAGCGGAAUAAGCAUAUCUAUCCGGCGAGUAUGUGGGAGGAAUUCGACGAGAAGAAGGACUAUGCGGCGGAUGUCCGGAAGGAUGGGUUGGGGAACGCUUUCUUCUUCUCACGAUGA